AUGAAGAUCAACCCUAUCGUUCUAUUUGCGCUCUCGAGCAGUGCUGUGGUGCUGGCCGCCCCUACUCCGCAGGGCUGGAACCUGCUCAAGGGAGCGAGCAAGCUGGUGGGCAAGGGCAAGGGCGAAUCGUCCAGUGCCGCUCGUGCGCUCGAGGACGACUUCAAGUGGGAUGGUCUGCCCGAAGGAUCCGCCGGCGGAUCCAGCAAGGCCCCUUCGGGAAGGUCGAGCCCAAAGCAUGCGCGUGUUGAUAUCGAACAGCCCGCUCCCCAGCGUCCAGUCACGCCGCCCUCGGCUGCUGCACCUGCUGUGCAGGCUCAUCCUGGAGCUCAGCAUGCACCAGUGGCUGCUCCUCACCCUCAAUACGCCCCGUCGGGCCCCCCUGCUCCUGGAAUGUACUAUACUGGUCCUCCCACUGGCCACUACCAGGGUCCUCCUCAACACUAUUCGUCGUACCCCGGCCAUGACGACUCGAUGAUCCAGUAUCUAAACAGAUACCCGGGUCACCCUCGUAUCCCUCACCCGGACACGGAGUGGUUGACCUGGUCCGCCGCUGAGAGGCACAACGCCCAGAUGGAGGCCGAAAGGCAAAAGGAGCGCACCGGCUGGUUCUGGUAA